AUGACUGAAUCGAUGCGGGUGUACCAAAGGGUAGUUUCAGAAGUCUUCAUAUCAAUUAAUAUUAUUGACAGCAGUCCGAUUGCAUGUUUAUUCAAGAGCAGAUGUUGUCGAAAACCGCAUGAUUGUAAUAUAAAUGCGAUAAAAGGUGUUGUGAGUUUUAAAAACCCCCAAAUUUGGGUCAAGCAGAGUGGACAUUGUUUAACUGAUGACUAUCAGUGA